UUCAUCAAUGCUUUUUGGGGUCAAUCAAAGUCAGUUGACUAAUGCAUAAACAAUGAAAGGCUUUUAGUGUGACAAUAGCUAAAUGGCCACAACAGAAGGCGAGUUUUACUCAAAAGCGAUUGUGUUGCGGCACAGUUGAUUAGUUGCAAAAGUUGCGUGGCACGUUGCAGGGUUUGGCUCCCGAGCUAUGUUCCUGAAACGAAAAUGCCGUAUGAGAAAAAGGAGCACACGGCUGUGAUGACCUCGCGGCAACGGUUGAUCGAGACUUUGGUCAUCUUUCGUCGCAGCCUCAUUUACCAAACGAAGGAGUUUUUCCAGAACUCAACACUGCAUGGCGUGCGAUACAUUGCGGAGACGGGCCGACCCAUUGGCGAGAAGUUCAUGUGGUUCUGUUUCACCUCGAUUGGUGCUGUCACUGCCCUGGUCAUUAUCAUGAGCCUGUGGGAGAAGUUUCAAACUAAUCCCACCAUUACCGGUCUUGACACGGAUUUUCACAAUCAGAACGUUGUCUUUCCAACGACGGUGGUCUGUCCGGAAACGGCUUACGAUCAUGGUAAAGCGUACGAAGAGGUCUACAAGUCCCUGGCCAAUUACGACGCGGACAAGGCUCAGCAGAUUACGCCCUUUUUGAAUCAGCUUACUUCGCUCAAUUUUGACAAUAUCCGUGAAGCGGGAGUGCUCGCAGAGGGUAUACCUGCGGAGCUGCUGGCGGAGCACACCUUACGCGAUUGGGCCUUUCGAGCGCAAACUCCAUGUGAGAAUACGCUGAAUUCCUGCAAGUAUCGGGACGAGGAUAUUGUCUGCUGCGAUCACUUUCAGCCAAUUUACACGGAACACGGCUUCUGCUACGCCUUCAAUAGUCGCUUCAUGUCAACGGCUACCGAGGACUCUAAGACUGGCCCGCCGCACGAUCUCUAUGAAACGGACAAGAAAUGGGCUCUAUUCUUUCUACCCAACAGCACCUCUCGGAUAUUUAUAUUCUCGAACGAAGAGUACUUUGGCUCCGAUUUCAAUGCCCAAAUCGACUGGACUGACGACCAGUUGGUGGAAGUGCGCAUCUCCAAGAAGAAUACCUACACCACGGACGAUGCCCGCCAGCUGUCGAUUGGCCAACGCAAGUGCAUCUUUAGCGACGAAGUGAAGCUAAACUAUUUCCCAGAUGCCUACACCUUCUCGUCCUGCAUGAAGCAGUGCCGCAUGACCAAGGCCAUAAAGCUGUGCAAAUGCAAUCCGUCCUUCUACAAGCCUAUAUCUAAUGUACCCAUGUGUGCGGUCAAGGACUUUGCCUGCCUUAAUGAAUACAAGCUGAAUAUAACCAACAUUAAGGACUGCCUGCAGUGCGAGCUGAGCUGCUCCAAAACGGUUUUCAACAUAGACAAGCUGAUGAAAUUCAUGGAUCGUGCCGAAGCAUCCGGCGUCCUGGUGGAGUUUCUUACUUGGCCCAUCAUUCGCUACAAGCGUGAGGUGCUCUUCGGCUGGGUGGAUUUGCUGGUCUCCUUCGGCGGCAUCGCAAGUCUGUUUCUUGGCUUCUCGCUGCUCUCCGGCGUGGAGAUCAUUUACUAUUUUACGCUGCGCGCAUGCUGCAUGGUCUAUAAGAAUAGGCAAGAGCUGUAUGAAAUUGAGCAGCGUAUUAGGCACGAGCCGCCGCCAGCCAUUGAUCUACAACUGAAGCUGAAGUCUCACUCGAAGCCGGCGAAUAGCCAAACCUCUUCGGCCGUGUUGCAGGUGCAACCAGCGGAUACGCAAAACGUGGAUCUGUACAGCUUGUCCCGUCAGCGAAAGAGCGAAAAAGACUACUUGAACUACUCGAAGAGCUUGUAUCGCACGCCCAAAGUACUGCCCGAUCAUGGGUAUGCCAGCAGUAAGGACAAAUGGCAAUUCGAUCAUGGACAAUAUCUACCCUGAAACUGAAACAUUCAACUGACCCCGAAUCCCCCCAGACGACUACACGACAGCAGUUAUUGCAGACAAUGGAAUAGGAGAACUUGAACUUCGAGCAAAUGAUAUUACGAUAUCCAAAAAUCCAUACAAAAAUAUUUUUUUUGACAAGCUUUAAAUAUAUAAUGUCAUAUUAGCCUACUAUGCACUGCUUCUACAAAAUACCAAUUUACAAGCCGCUACAUUUAAUCGAUAUACAUAUAUCUUUAUAUAUCCUAAUGGGUUUCAUAUACUUACGUGCACCUCCAACAUAAAUAAUAAACAAUUUUUUUUCCAAUCAAAUACUUACGGCCGUAUAUGCUUUCCCAAUUAAAGAACUUUCGUAUUUAGUUGGCAGCAAGUUCAGUGCACUAUGCCCCCACGGACAGGGGGUAGCAGCAAGAACAGUUACUAACCACCAACGGGAGCGCUGGCUGCAGCUCAGACCCCCCCUCACCAUCAGAGCUGCCUCCGUAAGGCAACCCCAAAAGCCCAACACAAAUGCUAACCCAACUUCCCGUCAACAGCCGAAGUGAAAAGCAUUUUUCAGUUAACAUCGCUGCUGGCUCAUUGUACGCAAGCCCCGACAAACGCCGCCAUCUUCCAGCCCAUGCUUUGUGCAACCCCUUCACUUCAGGCGCCAACAGGUGGAGGAGCCACGGGUAGCGGGCAACGUUCGGUUGUAGUUGUAAUUGCAGUUGUAAGUCGCGUAGUAGUACUCACUGUACUGUGCGACCUCGCCUGCCUGCCAUUCAGGCCUACUUCCCUUCCACCUCCCGCCCACUCCCGGCCGCAGCUGCUGUCGCAUUCGCAUGCCUGGAAAUGAAUGAAAGCCAAAGUCGCCGCAUAGUUUAUUUGUUAAUAUGCGCAUGAAUGGCGGCUUAUUUUCCUAGUGCCGCGUGCUUCACUACGGUAGAGGGCGGCCCAUUCCGCGGCCAGACCGCGGCGGCAGUCCGACUGCCACAGGAGCUGAUCUCUACUCGAGUCCAAAAAAAGUAAAACAAAUAAACCAAAAUUUAAAGUUAAGAGCAUUGACAGUGCAAACAAACAAAAACCAAUGGAGCGAUUGCGCCUGCAAGCGACGACAAUGAAAGGAUGUUAACGGAGGGCGGCAGCAUGUCAACAAUGCGCACACGACCUCCCCUCACGAGCAGCCGCACGCCCACACAGACGCCGACGGGGGCAGAAGGCGACGAGGGGGCAUUG